AUGGAGAACAGCAAGCCAGUGAAAGAGGUGCCCCCCCUGCCGCGUCACCCUGUCUCACUUCAUGUGACCUCUUCCUCUCUGACCCCUAAUUCCACUUCAAAAAAACAAACCACAGGCUCCAUCCAGCACGUACAGGUGGCCUCCUCAGUGGUGACUUCGUUCAACCAUCUGAAGCCUCCAGAGAGGGAUCUCACCCUGAUGUCUCAGAUGAAGUCUAUCAAGUCUCUGAGGCACGCGGGUUUUACUGCGGUCUUCACUGGACAAACGAGACUUGACAUUGAGGAAGCUUUAGAGGAGGUACCAAUCUUUGAUGUGAUCCUGGCCGACAUCGACUCCCUGGUGCCCACUCACGAUGAAGCCGGCCGUCCCAUAGCAGAGUGGAAACGACAGGUGAUGGUGCGGCAGCUGCAGGUCAGGCUGCAGGAUGAGGAGGAACAGAGGAGACAGGACAUGACUAAUGGCUACCCACCAGUGGAUGGCUGGAAGUACUCUCAAGCCCACAACGCUGUCUUGGGGCCUUUCGGUGAGCUCCUAACUGAGGACGACCUGGUGUAUCUGCAGCAGCAGAUCGAGACUGUUUCACUGCAGAAGCGCUGCCAGGCCUAUGAACUGGAGCUGACUAGGCUGACUGAGGAGCUGAGGACCAUUUUACCUGAUCCCAUUGUCAACAUCUCCCUUAACAAAGAGGUCCUACAGCAGAUGGACGCAGAGGGAAAAAUGCGCCUGACUUUGCCGGUCUGGUGCAGUCGUGUUUCAGAGAUUGUCAAGAGUAUGUCUUUGCUGGUGGCUAAUCUGACCCAAACCACAGAAGAUGGGGGUGAGAGGAGAAUAGUGGAAGGCAUGAUGGAGGAAAUGAAGGGGUUGCAAGGAAUAAAAGGUAGUUCAGGAAUUGAUUUAGGCCAGGGAUUUGUGCAACAAGGCCAAGAAACGGUGCCAGCACCUGUGGAGACCUCUAGUGGAUGUAGGAUACCUCACAUAGGUAUGGCAUCUGCUUUUAGCCAUCGUUUGGAGACCAACAGCUACAGCAGAGCACGGAGAGAGAGGGUGGAGAGGGAGAUUCAGCAGUCUGGAGUGUCAGUCAGAAACCUCAGAUCCAACUUCGAAGGUCAGAUUGGUGGCAUUUAUCCCUUCGCUGGGGUUCUGAAAGGAGGCCAGGGGUUGAAGAACCAGGUACUGGCUUCAGGGGGAAACAAACAAGAUAACAGCACAGGCCUCAACUGUGAGUUGAGCCAUUGCGAAACUCCUAAAAAACUUAUACCUGUGAUGGAGACUACCAGCUUAAGGAAAGAGCGCAUAGUGGUGCUGUUCCUGAGCCACUGGAAGAAGUCUGCGUAUGCUAUUUCAGUGAGAGCAGCGAGACACAGACAGGGACAGGAGGCUGCAUCAGGGAGAGCGACAGCAGCACCACCCCAACAGAGAAUCACCUCCAUGUUUCAGUUCUGCCAACAACUAGGUGCUGUGGACAAGAUACUAAACUCCUGGAGAAAUAAACUAGAACUCAAAGAGGGGCAAAAGUCCUGUUUGUCGUCCUCUAACUCCCAAAAUCCACUCUCUCAAGUUACCUACUCCCCAGAGCAAUUCCUGCCCGAUGUGGACGGUGUUGCAGUGAGCCACGACAGCUUGACCCUUGACCUCUUCAUGCUGGGAUACUUCCACAUCUUAGAGCAAGAACUGUUGCCUGAGGAGAGGAAGAUGAGGCAUCUACUCUGCUUUGAAGUCUUUGACCAUGUUGGCAGUUUCCCCUGGGAGACGGUGCGGGACUUCCACAAGGCCGUUCUCCGGGAAAUCCAGGCCGGGAGCCGACAGUGGAGCGACGGCUUCGAGGACAUCAAAGUUCACUUCUUUGGGGACUCAAGACCAUGCUGCAGUCCAUCAUUACCACCACCGUCAUCAUCAUCAUCAUUGUUGCCAGAUUCCAGACUGGUACCCAAAGUUGUAGUUCAAACUGCUACUCCAGAUGAGUGUAGCAGUGAGACAGACUUCUCCUGUUUCAACAAUGAAGACAUUUGUAAAUACAUUGACCGCAGCUUUGCUUUCUGGAAAGAGAAGGAGGCAGAGCUGUUUGAUUUUGAACAUUAGUCUUAAUGGGUAAUU